CCUAAUCAUCCCUGUCCCUCCCAACAAAAACACUUUCAUUCUUCAUUCCACUCUCUCAAAUUCAAUAAAAACAAUCUUCAAAUUUUUUUCUUUCAAUGGCUGAUUCUUUGUUUCUCCCUUUGGCUGCCAAGGUUCCCAAUGAUCAUUCUUCUUUGAUUUUCCGAAACUGCCCUUUCCCUUCACGCUUAUUGCCAUCCAACUCCUUCUCUUUGCAAUUGAAUGAGAGUAAGAAUAAGCUCAAUGAGUUGGCUCUUAGUCAAUACUCGCUCCUUCCACUCCCCCACCGACUCGGACCGAUUCGUGCCCUUGACUCGGACGUUCCUCGCCCGUUUCACAAGGGAUCAGUGAAUUUUAAGAGUACAAAGAGCUAUGAGGAAUGGGAUUCAUUGACUGCAAAGUUUGCCGGGGCUUCAAAUAUACCAUUUUUAUUACUUCAAUUGCCUCAGAUCAUCCUCAACGCGUGCAAUCUUCUGGCAGGGAAUAAGACUGCCCUUCUGGCUGUACCAUGGCUGGGAAUGUUCACCGGUUUGCUUGGAAACCUUUCACUGCUUUCUUACUUUGCCAAGAAAAAGGAAAAGGAGGCAGUUGUGGUGCAAACACUAGGAGUGGUAUCCAUAUAUGUGGUUAUCACUCAACUUGCAAUGGCAGAAGCUAUGCCUCUCCCUCACUUUGUGGCCACUUCCGUUGUUAUUGGUGCUGGGCUCAUUUUAAAUUUUUUGAAUUACUAUGGCAUGCUCAAUGCAACAAUCUGGCAAUUUUGGGAAGAUUUUACUACUGUUGGUGGACUUUCAGUGCUUCCCCAGAUAAUGUGGUCCACAUUUGUCCCAUACAUACCCAAUAGCAUCUUGCCAGGGGCAAUAGCAUUUGUUCUAGCUGUAGUGGCUGUAACUAUGGCACAUAUGGGCAAACUUUCAGAGGAAGGUGUCAAAUUUGUGGGAGCUAUUUCUGGAUGGACGGCAACUCUUCUUUUUAUGUGGAUGCCAGUUUCACAAGUGUGGACAAAUUUCCUGAAUCCUGAUAACAUCAAAGGCCUAUCAGCAUUUUCAAUGUUGCUUGCUAUGAUUGGAAAUGGACUUAUGAUUCCACGUGCACUAUUCAUUCGUGAUUUUAUGUGGUUCACUGGUUCUACUUGGGGAACGCUCUUUUAUGGUUACGGGAAUAUUGUAUGCUUAUACAUUUUCAACUGUAUCAGCCGGGACUUCUUCUUUGCCGCAACAGUCGGUUUAAUUUCAUGGCUAGGAAUGGCUUUAUGGAGAGACUCUGUUGUACAUGAAUAUGACUCACCAAUAAGAUCAUUGAAAGAGUUGGUUUUUGGAUCAUAAGUCGAAGCCAGUUGUGACAAUGCCAUGGGUUGGAAUGACACAAAAGUGAUCUGGUUGCAUGAUCUGGAUCUUGAAAUAUUCUGUUUUUGCCGAGAUUCCAAUUAUGCUGCCAGCACAGUUUUCCAAGUGCCAACUAAAGAGUUACCAAAUGGACAAAUGUUCCUAAUUUCCAUUGAUUUCAUUUGCAAAGAUAAAUGGAAUGAUCAUUUGUAAUUAGUACUUGAAUUCAUGCAUUUGUAUGACCUAUACUUUUCCCUUUGCAACAGACACUGAGUGCAUAGUCUGCAUUAUUGCUUCAAUUAAUUCCUAUGUUAUUUUAAAAUGAAGAAACCCUUUUCCUGUUUAAAGGGAAUGAAGACAACAUAGAUUAUAAAUCAAAGAACAUAAAUCGCAAGCGCAUGAUAUACAAUCACUGUCUGCUUCUGUGCCGCUUCUUCUGAGCUGACUGUGAUAUUAAGAAACACAGUUUCUCUCUUCAUGGGUUGCUCGGCUUUGUUAUUUCCGCCCGAAUUCUUCUCUGACAGAUUUUGUAGACGUUGGACUUGAUCUAAGAUAUUUAUUUAAAUGGUCCGGAUGGGUGUUUAUACUUAUUCGUUGAGCUAGUUAAAUUGCUAUUUUAGGAAAUUUUUUUUCAAAAAUUUAAUGAUUUCCUUAUUUAAGUUCAUUGAUAUGGAGUUUCUAAUGCAUAACUCCAAUAUCUCAUUCAUGUAUAGGCAACUGUUGAGGAUGGAUUAGAUAGCUAGUUAGGUAGUUCGGGUUCUUUCUUUUGUCACGAGUUCUGUUAAAGAUCUUGCCUAAGAUCAUUUUCUUA